CGAGAUCAAUCGUCAGCAACGCGCCGCCAGUAAUCGAAUAAUACACUUCUAAACUCUAAUACAGGUGUUGCCUGUUUACCAUGUAGCCAUCUGAUUUUAUUAUCAGGUCCCGAAAUCUCUAAGAAAAGCCGAAAAUAAAAGGUGUCGUACAGGUCUAUACAGCUCUCCGAUCAAUAUAAAAAUAACUCUCCCCUCCAUCAUCGUCGUCAUGACGCACCGUGCUUGUUUCAGCCAUUUCCAACCGCAGAUACACAGGCGGAUGUGAAAGGCCUCGAUCUAGCCAACCAAGAGCGUUAUUUAACUCAACAACGCAAUCCGAACAUUAUUGAUCUGCAUCGAAUGUCUCGUACUCGGAUCUCUGCUUCAAUCCAUUGUUGGGAUGAAUAUUCCAAUUAACACCACGUGAUCUCGCGACCUGGACGUACUUCGUCUGGCGCGUCUGACCGAUGACAGACCGCCACAACAGCAUCAUGAUCUCCACCGGCCAGCUUGUCGCCAAACGAUGUCAACCAGCCACAGCACCCCCAGAAGGCAUCCGGGUAGUUCCGUUUCCAGACAGAGUCCUUGUCCCCAAAUAGGGACUCCAAGUGGCGGAUUAGAAGACGAUAACGCAUCUGCGGCUUCAACCUCUCCGCUAUCAUCCCCGCCCGCAUCUGCGUUGUCAACUCCCGCCUUUCGCUCUCCCAUUCCCUUCAGACGAGGGGGAUCGCAGAUAAAGGAUGCGUCAGACUUCUCCUCAAUCUCUCAACAAGCCGGCGAUGAUACAUUUUCCGACAGGACCCUGCCACAUAACCAAACAUCCGAACCUCGGGAUGGCCAACAUCGGUUAACGCACUCAUUCAACGCCAGCUUCGGUUCCUCAUCCCAGCGCAUUGUAAGAGAUGGCGAGGUGAUUGUCACGAAUUCCGACGGGGAUACAGAAUCACUCUCAGAUCUAGAAACGGCGGAUGAUCUAUUGGCCCAAUUUCUAAAGAGACCGAUCUUAGCGUCCUCCCCCGACAUUUCGUCCCAUUCUCACAAGCCUGGGAGGGACACUUCUGGCGUCAGGGUGGCAAGCAGACGUCAGCAAUACCCCUCAGGCCGUAGCUCUGCGAAGCUCAAUGGCCGUGAUGAUUUGCCGAAGUAUCAAUUUUCCUUGGACACGCUUGUCGCAGACGCUGCCAAUGAUAAGGCAACCGAAGCCAAGGUUGCGAAAAUAAAGCAGAGCCUACGCCCUAAAGUCAAACCUGAAAAGCCCCGGGGAGUCCUACGUCAUGACCUACUAGCCGCGGCCGUCGAGGACGAGACGGAUACAAAAGGGAUCCAGCGACUCAAAGAUGCAGUUGAGCGGACGGAAACAUUUGCGACGGGAAGAAGCUGGUUGUUCUUCGAUGAAACACUGCCAGAGGUACCACGACUGAAGUUUCCUUCGGGGUGGAUACAUCCUGGGUUGUGGGAAGUUAGUCUAAAAGAUACUAGCAGGCGUGGCCCAGCAUUCUACUCUGGAAUUGUAGCGAAUAGGUUUUCCAGCAAGCCCCUGCCCAAUGAGAUCUUGUUAUGGUUGAUGCAAACCAUUCCCCUGGAGAAGGACGGUUACAUGCGAUCAGCAAAUGUCACAGUAUUGCAGGAAUUAUCCUCGGCGCGCAUAUCAUCCCUAAUAACCCCAAGCGAUAUUGAUCAGCUUUUCCAGAGGCUCGGAGCAAGACCAGCUGCGUUAGCUGUUUCUACUAGUCUACAACCCGAUUACCAUAUCUCCGAUGAAUAUUGGAAUCGGGAUAAUCGAAACCUCUUAUCGGUAUUAGAGCUCAUACGCGUACUAUCAGAAAAGUUCAACGACGACACUCUUCAACAUACCCUUAAAAUAAUCCUCCGACUUGCCAUAGACGAGGCAGCCAUGACCGAUUGCCUCGUCUGCGUUGAAGUACAGAAUUUCAUAGUAGCCCUCUUGGAAAAUCCGAUUGCAAUACCAGAUCCAGCACUCCAUAAUCUCUCCCUGCAUCUCUUCAACACUAUAAAUGACAUCGAACUCCAAAACCAACUCCUGAAGCACAUCCUCCCCACAAGCCCUCGUCUCGCCCUCUUCCGCUGUCGCCUCGCCUGGGCGUGGUUCUAUCGCGACCCUUCCUUCCUCAACAGGCCGAAAACCCAGCUCUUCGAUCUCCCCGGUCUCACCAAACAUCUCAAAAAUGACCCACGCUUCGACACAAACAUACGCUCCAGCGGGUCCAACGACAGGUUCAACUUUUGGGAGCUACACGCACUGGUUUCCAUCCUAGAUAUCGCCAUCGAUUCCGGCACGGCCAGACCAUCAUUUGUGAAUAAAGACGGCCAAGUAGACAGGCGGAGCGAGCAUCAAUUCAACGCCGCCGUAGACGACCUGGCGGAUUGUAUCAAGGCAAUGUUUUCGGCAAUUAGGGAUUCGGGGGCGUCGCACCUCCGGAGAUCGGAGACGAGGGAGCGGUUGCAGGCGUUGUACUAUCGACUUGAGUAUGGGGUGCGGACGAGGCUGAGGCCGGCGAAGCAGUGGUAUGUGAGGACAGAAGGGCAGAAGAAGGAAGCAGAGAAACAUCCGGUGAAAGUGAAUGAGUUGUUCGCCGCACAGUGGGGUGCUGGGAAAGGCCGCGCGAACGGUUUACAGUAAAGAUAAAAUCAAAAACGUACGAAGGUAUCGUUGGUUGAUUUAUUUAAUGAUUGUGAUACUUCCAGUGAGGUAACUAUAUAUUAAUUUUACUUGGUAAUGCAAUAAGAUCUAGUAUUAGGUAUGGAAUGGAAAUGGAUGAAGCCGUGGGAUGGACCCGUUCAGAGGACGGGUAUCUAUACUUCUACUAUUACUAAAAAAAUUGUCUUCCCCCUGCAAGAAAUCAUCAUGAAAGACCUGAUGAAUGGUUGUAGAACAACAAGAUCAAACAUCCAAGUACAGAUAUGCACACGUAAAACAAACCAUGACAGCGCGUCCCGGCUUCGCGGAGGGCGGAAAAAGCGCCUCCUCGACCUGAUCUAAAUAACCCACUAC